GCUGCUUGUUUUUAGUAGCAGUGCGAUUCAUCGCCGCGGUGCAGCUAUGAGACGACGUGCGCCCGCUUCAUAUAAAUAAAUGGCGCGUGUCGACAGGAAACUAAACCAGCGUUUGCUGCUCGUCGGUUUUCUUCCGAUUUCAGGUGUUUUAUGCUUUAGUGAGUUAUUUUUCAUCAAGGAGCCCUGUGAUGUUACUGCAAUGAGGAAGGAAGCUGUCAUUUUGGACUGCCAGGCGCAUGGAGAGGCUCCCAUAGAUGUUAUAUGGAUCAAGAAUGGAGUAAAAGUGGUGGAGAAAGAACGGCUGUACCAUCUCACCAAUGGCUCCCUUUAUAUUUCAGAGGUGGAGAGCAGAAGAGGGGACAAAUCAGAUGAAGGGUUUUAUCAGUGCCUUGCUCAAAACAAAUAUGGAGCAAUCCUGAGCCAAAAAGCUUGUCUUACAAUCGCAAGUAUCUCCUCAUUUGCAAUCCAGCCAACAUCCUUAGUGGUGACAGAAGGCUCAGUCGCCAGGUUUUCCUGCAAAGUCAGUGCACACCCUCUUCCAAUCAUCACUUGGGAAUUCAAUCGAGUGACAUUACCCCUUGCCACUGAAAGGAUCACAGUCCUACCCAGUGGUGCUCUUCAGAUUCAUGGGGUACAGUUGGCAGAUGCAGGAAACUACCGUUGUGUUGCCACCAACAUUGCUAGCCGUCGUCGCAGCACCGAAGCCACUCUCACUGUUAUCCCAGCCCCCAGCCCCCAACUUCCUCAAAGGCCUCGCAUCAUUGCUGGACCACAGAACAUGUCAGUGUCACUGCACCAAGCCGCAAUCCUGGAGUGCAUGGCCACAGGAAACCCUCGACCCCUCAUCUCCUGGAGCCGAGCGGACAGCAAGUCUAUUGAUGUUUACAACACCAAAGUAUUAGGAAACGGCAAUCUUAUUAUCACAGACAUCAAGGUGCAGCAUGGAGGAGUCUAUAUGUGCAGAGCCACCACUCCAGGCACACGAAACUAUACUGUUGCCUCAGCCAAUGUCACUGUGCUUGCACCACCUUCUCUGGUGAAGUGGCCCGAGAGCCUGACCCGUCCACGUGCUGGCACCGCCCGGUUUGUGUGUCAUGCUGAAGGAGUUCCCACACCUCAAAUCACAUGGCUCAAGAAUGGAGAGAAAGUUCACUCAAAUGGGCGAAUUAAGAUGUACAACAGCAAACUGGUCAUCAACCAGAUCAUUCCUGAAGAUGACGCCAUCUAUCAGUGCCAGGCUGAGAAUGAGCAGGGGUCAGUUCUUUCCAUGGCGAGGCUCAUUGUAGUGAUGUCAGAAGACCGGCCGAGCACACCCAGGAACAUACAAGCUGAUACCGUGUCAAGCUCUGCCAUCCUUCUGGCUUGGGAAAGGCCUUUGUAUAACUCUGAUAAAGUUAUUGCCUAUUCGGUGCACUACAUGAAGGCUGAAGGCUUAAACAAUGAGGAAUAUCAAAUUGUCAUUGGGAACGAUACAACUCGCUACAUUAUUGAUGACUUGGAACCAGCUCGAAACUACACCUUCUAUGUUGUGGCCUACAUGCCAAUGGGAGCCAGUCGUAUGUCGGAUCACGUGUUCCAGCACACGCUUGAGGAUGUUCCACUUCGUGCCCCUGAACUGAGCCUCACCAGCCACAGUCCCACAGAUAUCCAGGUGUCCUGGCAACCCCUUCCACUCAAGCUGAGUCGUGGCCAGGUCUCUGCCUACCACUUGUCCUUUCGCACUAGUGCUGAACAUGUAGGAACACAGAUUGAGCUACCUGGGGAGAAGACCCACCAUCUCCUAAAAGAUCUGCAACCUGACACCAUCUACCUCCUACGUAUUGUUGCUGCCACCAGUGUAGGGUGGGGUGAGCAAUCUGUUUGGACCUCCCACCGCACUCCAAAAGCAUCCAGUGCUCAAGUUCCUCUGGCUCCUGAGCUAUACUUGGAACCCUUAAAUUGCACCACCAUUAUUGCUCGAUGGCAUCUGGCCCCCAGAAACUCAGCCAGGGUGAAAGGCUACAAACUCUUCUAUCAUGAAGAAAGUCAGCCUGAGAGUGCACCAGUUCAGCUGCAUCCUUUGGCUAAUACACAUACCAUUGGGGGCCUAGAUCCAAGGAAGAAGUACCACAUGAAGAUAUUGGCUUAUAAUUUUAUUGGUGAUGGCUACCAUGCAGACCAGACUGUCAGCACCCCUGGAUGUGUCUCUGUUCGAGAUCGUUUAGUGCCCCCUCCACCACCUCCACACAACGUGUACGCUCAGACCAACAGUUCCACAUCUGUGUAUCUCUACUGGGGAAGACCAGCUUUCACCUCAAGCCAUGCGGUCAACUACACCAUCCGCUGCAAUCCAGUAGGCCUGCAGAAUGCUUCGUUCGUGCUCUACCUGCAGACGAGUGAGCAGAGCAUUCUGGUACGCGAUCUGGACCCAAACACAAAAUAUGAAUUUGCCAUUCGGCUGCACAUUGACCAGCUUUCCAGCCCCUGGAGUCCUGUCAUCUACCAGAACACUUUCCCUGAGGCCCCCAAAAAGCCCCCUACCAACGUGAAAGUGUCUUUUAUUGAAGAGGACACCGUGCUGGUAUCAUGGAAGCCUCCAGAUGAACCCAGCGUAUCUGUGACACAUUACACCAUCCUGUAUGCAUCCAGAAGCGCCUGGGUAGCCGGGGAGUGGCAGGUUCUACAGAAAGAAGGGAGUAUCACCAUGGCACUACUGGAGAACCUGAGACCUGGCCACAUUUACUUUGUGAAGGUUUCUGCAUCCAACAACAUGGGGGACGGACCAUUCUCUCAUACAGUGGAGCUUACAGCACAAACGGAUGGUUUAUCGUCUGGCAGUGUUCCACGGCACUCCCGUGGCUCCACACACUCCACAGUUUUUUCUGAUGGUUUCUAUCAUCUGGAUCAGAAGUCCAUGACGGGGAUCACAGUGGGAGUCUGCAUCGCUCUCCUCUGCAUCAUCAUCUGUGCUUUCAUCAUUGUCUGCAAAAGUAAAAACAGGAAAUUUUCAGCAGUUAAACUGUCCAGACAAGAAGCAAGCAUGUCUUCAUCUACAGGACACAGGGGCUCUGAGGGGCAAGCCGAGAACACUGAUGUGACUCUCCCCAUGAUAAGUCAGAAUCAUUUCAUUGAUGCCAAGGGUGGAACAAAUCUCAUUAUCAAUUCUUUUGGACCUGUUCAUUCCACUGCAGAGAAGAAAAAUAGAUGGUUUUCCUUCAGCAACAAUGAAAAAAUGAACCAUAAAGAUGGACAGAAUAAAAGACAUGAAGCUGCCACCUACCAGCCCAGCACCACAGUGUUGACUUACGGAAAGGAGCUGUCUGUUUCUCCGGACCAGACCACCAACACGCAAGACGUCCACGGUGACUUGGAGGGCUCCUCUAACAGUGAGGGCAGCCAUGCAACCGGGGACUCAGGCCGUUACUCUCACGACGAGACUGAGGUGAUGAAUCUGUCCUCUGGUCCCGUCAGCCGCUCACCCUCUCUGUCAACAGAGGACAGCUCGGGGUGCAGUAGUCCGUCCAAAGAAUCAAGCAAGCUGAUCGGGCAAAGUCUGCUUGAGCUCAAGCUGUUGAAGUCUGUUGGGAGCAGCUGCUGUCAUCAGGAAGCCCAAAGCAGUUCUCCGUCCAUGCUUCCUCUCUAAAUGUGUUGGCAUGUAAGUGUGCAUUUGUGCGUGUGUGUCAGGAUAUGAUACUUUGUCCAGACUUACAGCUUUGUAAGACAACAACACAAUGAGAGCUUGUGUGUGAAAAUACGUAAAAGUCAAUCAUCUGUUCCUGGUGACAUUAUUGCCUGUAGCAGCUUCAGCUUCAGCCCUGAAUGUUAGUGUGGGACUAAAACCUUAUUUAUACUUCUGCGACAAACGCCUCUUGAUAGCUACACUGUAGACUCAAACACCAACGUGAACAUUCAUAACUCU